AUGCUGAGGACGCUACGGAUAAUAUACGCUUCUGAUACUGAGUCAGUUAAAUUGGAUUCUUAUAGAUUACGGGAUGUGGCCGUCCAUUGGUACAAUACUUGGAUGUCUUCGAAAGGAGCAAAUUCACCUCCCCCGGAAUGGCAAGAGUUCCUGGAUGCCUUCCUCCGACAUUAUUUUCCACCGGAGGCUCUGCGAGCCCGAGCCGACAAGUUUUUGAAUCUCCGACAGAGGAAUAUGAGUGCUCAAGAGUACAGUCUUCGCUUUAAUUCCUUGGCUAGGUAUGCUCCAGCCAUGGUACCCGAUAUGGGGGAUCGUGUACACAGGUUCGUGAGUGGUUUGGGGCCACAUUUGAUUAAGGAAUGCUUGACGACCUCACUUCAGGAUGGGAUGUAUAUUGCUCGUAUUCAGGCCCAUGCUCAGAACUUGGAAGAACAGCAGCAACCGCAAAGGGGUGAGCGUGAUUCUGAUAAAGGGCAUAGUAAGAGAGCCAGAUCUUCCCGCGCUGUUGGUAUAUUGUCAGUAUCCUCUCACGAUGUAUAUGUAUUGAUUGAUUCGAGUUCUACUUUGUCAUAUAUUACUCCUUAUAUUGCCAAUCGUAUCAGGGUGAAACCUGAGCCAAUCAAACCUUUUGAGGUGUCCACACCUGUAGGGGAGCCAGUGGUAGAUAGACCGGUAUAUAGGAAUUGUGUGGUUGUAAUUUGCAACCACCAUACUAUGGCUGAUUUACAUGAGUUGAAAAUGUUAGAUUUUGACUUUAUUAUGGGUAUAGAUUGGCUGGCCUGUUACACCAAUGUUGAUUGCAGAACAAAGAUGGUUCGAUUUCAGUUUUUGGGAGAACCACUUUUAGAAUGGAAAGAUGUGUUUUUGGAUGAGCUUCCCAAUCUUCCACUAGAACGGGAGAUUGAGUUUACCAUUGACGUGUUGCUAGAUACUAAGGCCAUAUCUAUUCCUCCUUAUCGAAUGGCCCAUGCGGAAUUAAAGGAGUUAAAGGCGCAACUGAAAGAUCUGCUUGAAAAAGGCUUUAUUAGGCCUAGUCCAUCGCCAUAG